UUCAUGUUUAAGUUUGUUUCCAGAAAUUUUGAAUGGUUGUUUUCUUUAUCUCAACUACCAAUCUGUGUCAAACCAUUGUUUACUAAAAUCAACAUAAAUUUUGAUUAAUGAAAUAAUAGCAGCUAUAGUAGUUAGUUUUUUAAGUUGUUCUUGGAUGUAAUUUUGUUCAAAAAAGCAAGAUUACUCACAUUUACAUCAAUAAACAAUAGCAGCAACUUUUUCCAUUUUUUUGUGUGCAUUCAUCAUUGAAUUACUUUUGUUUACAUGCACAUUUUGCAUUUUGAAACACCAGAUUUUUUAUCAUUAAAUUGUUGUGAUUUUUUUCAUAGCAAAAGCAGCAAACUAUUUUAUCAAAAUUUAUUGCAGAAAAUGGAGAUCGGUCAGACAUAAUUUCAGUAUCUCUGGCCAGGUAAAUCCCCAUGGCUAGCAUUGUGGCAAGAUUUCUUUUCUGCUUGUUAAUUACUUGUUCUGCCCUUUUUUACGGCUCAGAUGCAGAAGCCAUUAGUUUUAAUUUCCCCCCUCAAACAGAUAUUCAGCUGUCGGCAGAUGCAUUCAUUUCUAACGAAGCAAUACAGCUUACCGACAGCCAAUCGAGCCUUGGGUGGGCAACUUAUUCAAGCAUUAUUCCUUCUCAAGCCCUGGCAAGUUUUUCUACGCAUUUCCAAUUCAGCAUUGCUGCAAUCAAUGGCAGUGGAGACGGCCUCACUCUCUUUUUCGCUCCCUCCGGCCUUCAAUCCUCCGACGCCGAUCAGGGCGAAUGGCUUGGCCUGUUCAAUUCUGAAACAGAUGGGAACUCAUCGAAUCAGAUUCUUGCUGUGGAGUUCGACACAUACGAGGAUGAGUUCGAUCCGGAUGACAACCAUGUGGGAAUCGAUGUCAACGGCAUUGAAUCAAAAACCACAUUUUCAGUAAGUGAUCUUUUCGGAGACGCUGCUCUCAACAACGGAGAAAAAUGGGAUGCAUGGGUGGAAUACUAUGGCCCUCUGUCACAAGUUCAGCUGUUUCUUUCUCAAAACCCCGGCAGUGCUAUUCCAUCUAAACCAGAGCGUCCGGUCCUGUGGUAUACUUUAGAUCUGAGUCAGUUUCUUCCCCGCUUUGUCAAGGUGGGCAUUUCUGCAUCUGCUGGGAUCGAAACGGAGACUCACACAGUGUACGCCUGGAGUUUUUCUUGUCGAGAUUCAUCGCACGCCUUAACCGCACCGCCAGCCCCCAUUAGAAAAAAGAAGCAUCAUAAUUUUAUUAUUAUCAGCAUUAUUCUUGUUAUUGCUAUUACUAUUACUAUUAUGCUUAUAAGAUGGCUGUGUAGGAGCGCUAGCUGCGAAGUGGGAAAGAAGACCAAAGAUAAACUGAAUCGCCCAUCAUUAGAAGCAGUUGAUCGCGAUGGUGAGGAAGAGGAUAGUGAUGAUGAGCUGGACAAACGGCUUGCCAGGGCUAUUCAGUCUGCGCGCAAGUUUUCUUAUGAUGAGCUCUGCAUCGCUACUAAGAACUUCAGUCCAGAAGAAGAGAUUGGAGAAGGGGGCUUCGGGAAAGUGUACAGAGGCACUCUGCCUGGCACAAAUCAAGCUGUGGCUGUGAAAAGGAUGAAUCUAAAUUCCAACCAAGGGCAGAAAGUGUACGAGUCAGAAGUGAUUAUAAACGGUAAUCUCACACACCGUAAUCUGGUUGAGUUUUUGGGAUGGUGCCACCGGAAGGGCGAAAAGCUUCUGGUAUACGAAUUACUCCCCAAUGGAAGUCUCGACAAAUACAUAUUUCAGAGUCCCAAGGGUCCUCUGGAUUGGGAUAAAAGAUAUAUCAUAGCCCGUGAUGUAGCUGCUGGUCUUGUUUAUCUUCAUCUCGAUCGGCGAGAGAAUAUUUUACACAGAGACAUCAAGGCGGACAACGUGAUGUUGGAUUCAGAUUUCAGAGCCAAGCUGGGUGAUUUUGGCCUGGCGAGACCGCUGAAAUCUGAGGAUGAAGAGCAUUGGCAUAGCAGUAUGCCAUAUGGUACAUUUGGGUAUGUGGCACCGGAGUACGCCACAGAGAGAAAGUUCGGUCGAGAAUCUGACGUGUUCAGCUUUGGAGCACUCGCCCUUGCAAUUGCCUGUGGAAAGCGGCCCGUCGACAAGACCUUAACAGAACAUAGUUCCAGAUUGGUAGAAUGGGUUUGGCAGUUUUAUGGAGAGCAGAGAAUACUAGAUGCAGCAGAUGAAAAACUUGAUGGUUUCAAUCGUCAGCAAAUGGUGCGGCUAAUGUUGGUGGGUUUGUGGUGUUCUCAUCCUGAUCCGAAUGCGAGACCAAGUAUGAAACAAGUGCUGGACACGCUGGAAAGGGAAGAUGAAUUGCCUCGUAUUCCUCGGGAUUACCCACGGGCUUCUCCACUGAGUUUUGCCUCCUCAUUAUCAUCAGGGACGUCAGUGUGAAAGGAACAGAAGUGUAGUGGUUCAUUGGAUGACAGACUUUCAUAAACAUGUUAUCUACGUAUCUUGCUCUGCUAUGCUCAUGUAUUUUUCUCGUCUCCUGUAUUCAUCUCUCUUUCAACCCUAUCCACCAGUAGAAUUUUGUAUCAAAGACUUUGCCCGUAAACGGACGUUCGGUCACAUUGCAAUGUCUUAGCUGCUGUUGAGUUUUAUGUAGUUCGGAAGGUGUAAUUGUGGAACUUGUUCAAGUGCAGUUCAUGUUGGAUGUUCAGCAAAAGGAUAUUUUCUAUUCUGUAUUUAUAAUGUUUCUUAGAGUUAUGAGGUUAUUUCCAAGUACGGUUUUAUGUGUGGAUAGUUUUAGUUGUGUAAGACAAGUUUCCUUUCUCAUGUGUCAUGUAACGAAACUUCUAGUUUGCAUGUAAUGUAAGGAAAGUUCUUUUUUCGAGUCA